CACACAAAUCAGCCCAUUGCAAGUGUCUCAGAAGUCACAGUUUGCAGAUUGCAUAACAGUUUACCUAAAAUGAUGUACUAGAGUGAUCUAAAAUACUAUGGCUAUUAUAUUUGGACUCAAUAAAAAGUCCAAAUUUUGACAGCAGGUGCGCGUUUGGUAUCGAAGUGACGUCAUAUUGUUUAAAUAUGGCGGAUGUAUGCUAAAUUUGUAUAAAUAACAUUUAGUUCAGUUUUAGAAAUUCUGUUGUAAAUAAACGCUACAAACCGCCGUUGGCGGGUAGUCAAAUCAUGUCGUCCAUGCUGUGUCGAAAAGAGACGGGAGGUCAGGUUCGAGUUUAUGAUGGUGGACUCAUGGAACAGCUUUUUGUAGACCAAAAUGACAAUAUCAGAACCAUGAUGACAAGUAAGAAUAGUCGACGAAGAAUAACCCGGCCAAACACAACACCUAGUCCAGUAAGAAACCAUUCUCGGAACAUGGACUCAAAAAGCCUCAUAGGGCAGACGAUGAAGGUGCAACAGUGGCUAAGUGAUAAAACAGUCAAAACAUUGCAGGAGUCGAGAGCAACAAUAUCAACUGCCAACUCUUAUAAAAGUGGCACAGGAUCUAGCAAAUCAUCUGGAUUUAGAAAUCAGUCCAGUCAAUCAAUGACGGAGCAAGAGAAGUCGGACUUGGAGUCUAGAGAGGCCAGGAAGCUGUACAGUCCCAUCCUAGAGACAGAAAAUACAUUUGUCAAGGAUGUAGAAGACUUCAUCCACCAGCGUGAUGUUACCAGUCUACGUAAGAAGGAAGUUCUCCACAAGAACUGGAACGAGCGCGUGUACAAGCCGCUGCGUAAGAAGAUCAUUGAGGCAAUGGACAGCAACGACUGGCCGGAGGUGGACCGCAGAAAACGUGAACUGCACCGACAGUACCUGGAGUUCACGAAUGAGAAGGGCCACGUAUUCUUGGACACAAUGGAUCCAGAAGAGUAUUAUGCCAUGGCGCUGAACGGGCACCGGCCGGCUCCCAUCAAGCGAUGCUCGAGGUGUGCUAAACAGAAGCGAACCGCCAAUAGCAGAUUGCCUUGUGCGACUAAGCUCUACCCUAUACCGUUUCCGCCACCAGAAAAAAGCGACAAGAUUGAGACACGCCCUCUGCAUGACCCACUGAUCUCCCAAGGUCGACAGCGCCAUGAGGAAGACAGAACCAUUCUCCGCUGCAUGACGGGCUAUCGAUACACUGACAGCGAUAUAGAACAGGUCAAGAUGCCGGCCAUGCCUUUUGUACCACUUGGACGACACGGCACCGACAGUAUGCGCUGGCUUAAGAUGCCUUUGUCGAACAUCGAGAGUACGCCACGACAAGCAAGCAGGCGACGUAUGGUUGGCAAAUUCAACGACACUGAUAUUGACUUUGAAACAUGGACAAACACACCAUACAACCAUCAGGCCGUCGACAGGGAAUUACAAAUACAGAAAAAGCGUAAUUACUCUGAAGACCAACGACCACCAUUUCCAAAGCCAGUCAUUCGAAGACCGCCCCCGAAACCUGUCCAGCACUCAGUCUCGUUUCAGUCUCCGAUUGAGCAGGAAAUACCGAUAAUGGCUGCCCAACCUUAUACAAUGUCAGCGCCACCUGCUGUGCAAACUGUAGGCGGUGACUAACUGUAUGGAUAAUCAUAAAUAUGUUUACGUUUUAAAAAAAAUCUUCAUUUAAAUUUAAAGCUUUAAAAUUAGUAUUUCCGGAUUAAUCUUGUCUUUGAUGUAAAGGAUUUGUCUGUCUGGAGUAAGAUUAAGUAUAUUAAUAUUUAGAGUUUAAGGCCCUGUUUCAGUAUGAUAUUUUACUCGUAAACCUUACGCUGCUUUAGAAUGCUUCAGUUCAACCAUAAAAUGACAUGGAGAAACUAUGUGAUCAAUGUCUUUACAAUAUUUUUUAUUAAAACACAGCUUAAGUAAAAAAACAGAGUAAGGCAUAGAAAGUUAUGAUCUAACACCUUACUAUCUUUAUUGAAAUGAGCCCAGGAGUAUAUAUUAGUUCUUUUGUGUUAACAAUUACUUUGUCUGUUUAAAAAAAGUGCCUACAUACCACGGUGCUGCAUUCUAUGGCAGUGUCAUACUAAAUGUUCGAUACAUUGACAUCUUUUCAAGUGCCUAUAUAUUUACAUAACUUCAUAAGUAUGUAUCAAGUUAAUUGUGUUCAUGUAUAAUAACAGUCUUUGGUAGAUCAAUAGUAUAUGGAUGAAGUCAUAGAUGUCUUUUACUCGUUUCGUUGGAUCAGCACAAAUACACAGACCAUUUAAUAACAAUAAGUCUUUUAAUGCUAUAAAAUGCUAUUGACAAAAUGUUUCUGCGGAUUUUGUAUUGUAUUUUUGAGAGAAAUCAUAAAUGGUGUCUCUUUUACUCAUUCUGUGAGCUUAGCACUAGUUUUUAUACACAGACCAUUCUAUGUUGUUUCUUGCGAAACAACAAGUCAAUCCGCACAAAAUGAAUUGGGUAAAUAUUUUUCUAGAUAUUUUCAAUAUACAUUUUUCAUUGUUUAUUAAUAUGUUGAUACUCUGUGAUAUUGCAAUUUUAACUAUAUAUUUAUAUACUUUCACUGCUAUCAAAUACUAUCUUCAUAAUGUUACUGCUGAUUUUGUAUUGUAAGAAAGUAUUCUUCAGAGUAAUCAUAAAUGGCGUGUCUUUUACUCGUUUUGUUGGCUUAGCACAAAUUUUUAUUUAGCACCCUGCAUACUAGUCAUUUAUAAGAUAUGUCUCAUUUUCAUAAAUCUAAAUCAUUUAGCUGUCUAUUCAUCAUUUUAGCAUAGACUAAGCAAGCUUUGGUUCUUGUUAUGACGUAAAAAAUGCUAUUAAAUGUUCUACUGUGCAGUGUUAAUGUUUAAAUCAAUUCUGUAUACACUGUUUGUUUCGUUUCCAAAUCCAUUCUAAAGACUUCUAUUUGGAGCUAUUUAUUUGUGUGAUUAAAUAAACAAUGA